AUGGUGCGUUUAAGUGUAGUCCGCCGCUUUGAGAUCUUCAAUCAGUCUCACACUCUCGAGUCCUCGACGAUACAAACACACAACACGACAAAAUGGCAGAAGUAGCUCCAGCCGCCGCUGCCGCGCCCAAAGCAACCAAGAAGGUGUCCAAGCCGAAGAAGGUCGGUCCCAGCGUCUCUGACCUCAUGGUGAAAACUGUGGCCUUAUCCAAGGAGCGGAGCGGCGUGUCUGCUACCGCCGUCAAGAAGGCUCUGACCGCCGGAGGAUACGAUGUGGACAAGAACAAGGCCCGCGUCAAGACCGCCAUCAAGAGCCUGGUGGCCAAGGGGACUCUGGUCCAGAUCAAGGGGAUCGGGGCCUCCGGCUCCUUCAAGAUGAGCAAGACGACCGCGGACGAACCGGCAAAGAAAGCCGCUCCUAAAGGCAAGAAGCCCGCAGCGGCCAAAAAGCCCAAAGCAGCCGCAGUGAAGAAAGUUGUAGCCGCCAAGAAGUCACCGAUGGCGGCAAAGAAACCCGCAGCGGCCAAGAAGGUGGCCAGGAGCCCCAAGAAGGUAGCAAAGAGCCCCAAAAAGGUGGCCAAGAGCCCAAAGAAGGUAGUGAAAAAGGCCCCUGCAGCCAAGAAGGCUCCAGUGAAGAAGGCUGCUAAGCCCAAAGCCAAGAAAGCAGCACCAAAGAAGUAGUAAGCUGUUGUCAGUCGGAAGAACC